GUCCACAGCUCGAUCCCUGGUGCAGGGACCUGAUUCCUCGUAACUAUGACCUUCCUCGCGUGAGCCAAGUGGAGCUGCAGAGCUUUGCAGGGUGUGGAAGGCUGGGGUUGGGCUGGAAGACCCAGACCUGAAUGACGUAGGCGCUCGCACUCUCGAGUCACGUGCACAGACCACACCCCGGGAACUGACUAAAUCACGUGACACCGGAGCUUAGGAACGUUUUUCUCACGUGACGGAGUUGCCCCUGGUGGACCAAUAAGGAUGCGGAGGCCGGGCUGGCGGGGAAAGGAACUUGAGGCUUCCGUAGUGGCUCCGGGGAGUCGGGUCCUGAGCGGCUCUGGUUGCUAGUUAGGUUCGAGUUCAAUGCUGGUGCACCAUGAAGUGCCUGAUCACCGGCGGCAACGUGAAGGUGCUGGGCAAGGCUGUCCAUUCGCUAUCCCGAAUCGGGGAUGAGCUCUAUCUGGAACCUUUGAAGGACGGGCUCUCCCUACGGACUGUGAACUCUUCCCGUUCUGCCUAUGCCUGUUUCCUCUUUGCCCCACUCUUCUUCCAGCAGUACCAGGCGUCUUCCCCUGGUCAGGACCUGCUGCGCUGUAAGAUCCUGAUGAAGUCCUUCCUGUCCGUCUUCCGCUCUCUGGCUAUGGUGGAGAAGACUGUGGAAAAGUGCUGCAUCUUCCUCAGUGGCAGUAACAGCCACCUGGUAAUCCAGCUCCACUGCAAGUAUGGGGUCAAGAAGACACACAACCUCUCCUUCCAGGAUUGUGAAUCUCUGCAGGCUGUCUUCAAUCCAGCCUUGUGCCCCCACUUGCUCCGUACCCCAUCACGGGUUCUGGCAGAGGCCGUUUUGUCCUUUCCCCCUGCGUUGACUGAGGUGACACUGGGCAUUGGCCGUGGCCGACGGGUCAUCCUGCGCAGCUAUCAGGAGGAGGAGGCAGAUAGCACUAGCAAAGCCAUGGUGACUGAGACUAGCAUUGGAGAGGAGGACUUCCAGCAGCUGAACGCCUCUGAGGGGACAGCUGUCACCUUCUGCCUUAAGGAAUUUCGGGGGCUCCUGAGCUUUGCAGAGUCAGCGAAUUUGCCUCUUACCGUCCACUUUGAUGUUCCAGGCAGGCCAGUCAUCUUUACCAUUGAGGAUUCUCUGCUGGAUGCCCACUUUGUCUUGGCCACACUCUUAGAGCAAGACCCAUGUUCCCAGGACCUGUGCUCCCCAAAGCCCCACCAGCCUGUGCCUCAGAAGCAGGUUCGCAGCAUACCCCACUUAGAUGACUUUACCAAUGAUGACAUCGACUGCUACAUGAUUGCCAUGGAAACCACCGUGGGCAGUGAGGGUUCCCGGGCACAGCCUUCCACUUCCCUCCCACCUAUCCCCCAGCCCUCCCAUGACCUUUGCUCCCCCUCCGGGGAGGAAGCUGAGCCCAGUACAGUGCCUGGGACUCCCCCGCCCAAGAAGUUUCGCUCACUUUUCUUUGGCUCCAUCCUGGCUCCUGCACACUCCCCUCAGGGUACCAGCCCUGUGCUGGCUGAAGACAGUGAUGGUGAAGGCUGAACUUGAGAAACUGAAGUCUGUGUCCAAAAGAUCAUGGGCAGAAGCAGGCACCGCCACUGGCGGAGCUGCGCAUGGGACACAGGCUAUGCCUGCGGUAGGCCCUACCUGUCUGGCUGCUGCAGAGCUUCU